CAACUGCUAACGCUAAUGAUACUGUUAGCAGUCAGGUAAGUGCUGAGAGUUUGGAGAAAACCGAUCAGUGUGAAUUACUUUAUCUCUCACAGCUACAGCGCUGGGUGUGAGAUGGACCGCAGUGGCUAAUGUGGUGCCAGCGCCAGACAUGGUCCGCACAAGAAGCGUAGUUUGGGGCUUUUUUAAAGCCGUCGACGCAGAGUUGGUCCAGUGCUCGCUUUGCACGGAUUAUCUGGUCAAACAAGGCCCCACCACGAACAUGCUGAGACAUUUACGAGCCAAACAUCCCACCGAGGCUGUCAAGAUAAAUAAAGGUCGUGUACCUGGAAAUACAUCCAUUACCGGCGGUCAUCGAGACAUGAAGACGGACAGCGAGCAGUUCUGCUUCGUGGAAGUGGCACUGGAGGACGGAGACUCUGACAGCCUCACCACGGGGAAUGAUGCUGACUUUAAUUAUGCUAUUAAUGGCAUCCUGGAAGCCGCACAACGAGGUCCAGCAGAACAAAUAACACAUGAAGAGACGAGUGAUGAUCGUCCUGUGAGACGUAGAUGGAAUCAACGGAGCUUGAUUUGGAGGCACUAUGAGCGCUUGGACAGUUUGGCUGCUGCUCGUUGCCGCAUUUGUAUGAAGAAAUUGAAGUGCUUUGAAAGCGGCAGCACCGGCAAUCUGCAUCGACAUAUGUCAAAGAGACACCCAGAGGUGUUCUCUCAGCUGGUGGCCGACGGGCAGAACCCACCACCAUCCCACUCCUCACAGGGGUCAAAUGUUAACAGUGACUCAUCGACACCACCAGAGACUGUUGGGAAGACAGAGAAGAGACCGUUUUCAGUGGAAGUGGCACUGGAGGACGGAGACUCUGACAGCCUCACCACGGGGAAUGAUGCUGACUUUAAUUAUGCUAUUAAUGGUACCCUGGAAGCUGCACAACGAGGUCCAGCAGAACAAAUAACACAUGAAGAGACGAGUGAUGACCGUCCUGUGAGACGUAGAUGGAAUCAACGGAGCUUGAUUUGGAGGCACUAUGAGCGCUUGGACAGUUUGGCUGCUGCUCGUUGCCGCAUUUGCAUGAAGAAGCUACAGUGCUUUGAAAGCGGCAGCACCAGCAAUCUGCAUAGACAUAUGUCAAAGAGACACCCAGAGGUGUUCUCUCAGCUGGUGACUGAUGGGCAGAACCCACCAUCAUCCCACUUGUCACAGGGCUCAAAUGUCAACGGUGACUCAUCGACACCACCAGAGACUGUUGGGAAGACAGAGAAGAGACCGUUUUCAGGUGAUUUUAAAGUUUCAAGAGCGUCUGCAGGAGAAAAGCGCGUGCUGAAGAGGGAGCGGGAGCUGAUAGAAUCUCUGAGGAGAGCCCAGAGGGAGGAGGCCCGGGCUCUGGAGCAUCAGCGGGAGCUGCUGGAGAAGCUGCGUGCAGCGGAUGCCAGGGACGCAGCUGCAGAGAGGGAGCAAAUUGAGUCAUUGAGGAAAGUACAGCUGGAGGAAGCCAAACACUUGAGCAGACAGAAAGAAGAGCUGCAGAAGGAAAAGGCAAAACUGCAGAAGAAAUGGGAAGAGCUUCAGAAGGAAAGAGAAAAACUCCUCUUGUUUUCCAGGGAGCAGCAAGCCUCCUGAUUCUGAUACAUGACAGGACUGCAUUGUUGCUGUUCUCACUGAUUUCAGGUUUUCUGUAAAUGCUUGAAAGACAUGAUGAUGUAAAAAUGUAAACUCUCCUUUAAGUAAA